AUGACAGACAAAGUAGCUAUAGUUACUGGAGGAAAUAAAGGAAUAGGUUAUGCAAUUGUAGAUAAACUUUGUUCGAUUUUUGAUGGUAUUAUUUAUUUAACUGCACGUGAUGAAGAACUUGGUUUAAAAGCUGUUCAACAACUUCAAGAAUCAAAUUCUGAUGCGAAAAAUAAAGUGAAAUUUCAUCAAUUAGAUAUAACAAAUGUUGAAAGUAUUCGUCGACUUGCUGAUUAUAUUAAAAAAACACACAAUGGUUUAAAUAUUCUUAUAAAUAAUGCUGCUAUUGCAUUUAAAGCAAAUGAUGUUACUCCAUUUGGUGAUCAAGCUGAAAUAACAGCACAAACAAAUUUUUUCGGUACGAUUAAUGUUUGUAAUGCUCUAUUUCCGCUUCUACAAGAUCAUGCACGCGUAGUCAAUAUUUCUAGUCGAUAUAAAAUGCUUGAUUCAAUAAAAAAUGCUGAAAUACGUCAAAAUCUCAUUGCACCUGAUGCAACUAUUGAAAGUGUAUCUGAUAUUCUUAGUGAUUUUAUAAAAAAAGCAAAACAAAAUUCGCAUGAAGAUGAUGGUUAUCCAGCUUCUGCUUAUGGUAUGAGUAAAAUUGCUCUGACUGCUGCAACUAUAAUUCAACAACGAAUUUUUGAUGAUAAACCGCAUAGAGAUAUUGUUGUAAAUGCUUGUUGUCCUGGUUAUAUAAAUACUGAUAUGACAUCGAAUAAAGGUACUGGUACGCCAGAACAAGGUGCUGAUACUCCCGUUUAUUUGACUACACUUGAACCAAAUGUAAAAUCUCCACGUGGUGAAUUUGUUGCUGAAAGAAAAAUUGUUAAAUGGAAAUGUUAA